CAUACUAACUAGUUUACUGGAAUCCACACUCAAAAACAAAAAAAUAAAAUAGUUAUGUCUUCUUCCCUUUCUUCAUCUGCUUCUUCAUAUGGUGUUUCAAGCUUCAAUUCAAGAAAACUCCUGCAUAGUCCGAUAUUCCCGUUCUCGAGUAACACGACGGCACCAAACAAAGGACAGGGUAGUGAUCCGUCUGGUGUGAAUAUAGGUGAAACCCGAUUUGAUUCGAAUGUAGUUAUGGUUCUGUCAGUUCUUCUAUGUGCAUUAAUUUGCUCACUAGGGAUAAAUUCAAUAAUCAGGUGUGUGCUAUGGUGUAAGAAUAGAGUUUCAACGGAGUCAAAUCAAACUACAACGAUUCGGCUAAUUAAUACAGGAGUCAAGAAAAAAACCCUCAAGAGUUUUCCGACAUUAACAUACUCCGCAGAGUUAACUUUACCGGGGUUAAACACAGAGUGUAUUAUCUGUCUCUCUGAGUUCGGUCCAGGUGAACCUCUGAGGAUUUUACCCAAGUGCAAUCAUGGGUUCCAUCAACGGUGUAUUGAUAAAUGGUUAAUGUCACACUCGUCGUGUCCUACAUGCAGGCAUAAUUUAACCGAUACUUGUAUGAAAAUGAGUAGUAGUAAUCAAGCUAGCCCUUCUGGGCCAUCACCACCACCGCUGCAACAAACAGUUGCCGAGGCAUCACCACUGCCGCUGCAGCAAACAGUUGAACCCCAGAUGUCAGUACCGCCGCCUCUGCAAGAAACGGCUUUAACAGUGGACUCGGAGGUGUCAGUACCAUCACCGCCGUUGCAGGGAUCUAUUUUGACUGUAGAACCGGAAGGCUUAAUACGCAGCUACCGCGGUCAUAAUUGAUCAUAAGGCUAGUUACAUGUACAUAUAAGUAUAUAUAACUGUGUCAUGUUGGUAAUCUUUGUACAAGUUAAAGUCUAGGGAUUUAUUAGUUGAGAUUCUUGUAGAGUUUUUCUUCAAUUUUCCCACCAAAAAUGUAUGCCACCUGAUAAUGUAUAUAUUUAUUUUAUUUUAUUUUGGAUUAAUUAAGUUUCUCUGAAUGUUUCCC